UAUGAUCUUUAUAACGAGCUUCUGAAUUCACUUUUUUUGCUGGAAUCUUUGAAAAAUGUAGCGAUUCGAGAUGGCUGGGGUUCUGGCAUCGAUUUCAUUUCGCCGGCCGAAAACAUUCGUAUAGAGAACGUUUCUGUAACAAAUGGCUCGUCAUAUUCGAUUCAUGUAGUCGAAUUCCCUUUGCUACCGCUAAAAUCGCUGGCACUUCAAAAUGUCAGCGUUACCGAUCAAACUCGUGGCCAUGCCGGUGUGCUCGUCAGCAGUGGAUGGGUGGAGCAGAUCGACAUCGAUCAGUCACUCUUCGCUCGAAACACCGUUCCAAGCUUGAUUAUCGGAGUCGAGGUGAGGUCAUUGGGAGGAAUUCACUCCAGGAACACGACAUUUGUGAGCAACCAGGAUACGGUAGUUAAUAUCGACGUGGGUGAAUGUGGAAGUGUGGGAGUGGAAGGAAACCGUUUUGAAGGAAACAACAACGAUGGACGAAAUGGAGUAUUGAUGAUGAACGCCAGCCCACGAGUAGGAUUAAGCCCUUUUCCAUUUAUUUUUAAAGCUUUUCGCAGCAUGAUUUUUAAUUUAAAUUAUUCAGGUGGAGUAUGUAUUUGUCCAGCCGAUCGCAUUGGUCUGGAUUGCUCGAUCAUGAUUGGCUGUCCAGGAAACUGCAGUGGCAAUGGAGUUUGUGACAUCCUGAACAAAUGUAUUUGUUAUGAUGGUUGGACCUCGGCCGACUGCUCGACUCCGAUCUGUCGAUUUGAUUGCCACGGUCAUGGAAAGUGCGUGUCAAGAGACGAAUGCGAGUGCAAUGCGGGAUGGAGUGGUCAAUUCUGCGAUCAAAUAGGAUGUGUAGAUGGUUCCUGUCUCCAUGGAACUUGUGUCUCCUCAAAGUGUCAGUGCGAGGAGGGAUGGAGGGGUUCAAGGUGCUCAUUUCCCAUUUGUCAAAACUGUUCCAUUAAUGGUCGUUGUGUGGCACCAAAUCGGUGUCAGUGUUUUGGUGGAUAUCAAGGAGAGGACUGUUCCAUCUGUCGAGGACCAGUGUGCCAAACUUGUGAUUUCGACUGUGUUCAUGGGACAUGUGAGCGCGAAACCAGAACGUGUUCGUGCUCCCGAGGCUGGUCGGGAGCUGCAUGCGAUAUCUGUCGAUCGGGCAAUUGUCAGGUCAAAAGCAGCGUGCUGUACAUCCUGCCAUCCACAGCCGAUCGUGAAGACACAAACGUCAUUGUGAACGUGUUUGGAGUCGAUUUUCCCAAAACACCUUCCCAAUUGUACACUUGCAUUUUUGGCGCCUCGUACGCUGAAGGACGUCGUAUCAGCUCCUCGGUGGUCAGAUGUCGCGUGCCCAAAGAUCUUAACCUUGGUCGUCACCUGUUCAAUCUAGCUCCAGAAGGUUCCAUCUCUGUCAUUCCAAAUUUUGACGUUCGACCAAUCCACUUCACGGUAUUUGAUUCCUGCACACCAGUGUUGUGCAAGGGAGUUUGCAUUGGUCCCCUUUGUGUAUGCCCCAAAGGCACCACUGGAAUCAACUGUGAAAUAAUUGAAAUCAUACCGUCCAUCGAUUGGCACUUCAUCGAGAAUCAAAAGGCCAGCGUUGCUUUUGAAGGGACACCAUACCUCGUUGUCUUACCUACGAUGCCGGGAUCUUUACAUCGAGUGAACUCCACGAUCGACGGUUUACAGUUCGACUCGUCCAGAGGAAUUAUUGCAUGGGAUGAACCACUAGGAUCCAAUGGAACUUAUGAGAUCACGAAACCAUCUGCUCGCUCGGUUGGAGUAAACACAUCGUUCUGGAUUGGGGUCGAAUGGGAGCAACACUUGGCAACGUCGAAGGGGUGUGACGCGUACGUCGUUCCAUUACCGUACCUAUUUCUCCCUGAUGGCUCAACCGAUAUACAACGAAUGCAACUUUUAGAAUCUAAUCGACCACGCCCGAUAGCGCUGAGAACGAGAGUGGCUUGUGACUGUUCUCAAGGAGCUCGAGCAGCUUGUAGACGAAAGUACAAGUCUGCAGCGGCAUGUGGAUCGGCAUGGAAACGAAUAGCCGACGAUACGGUAAGCUGGUCAGAGCUCCUUUUAUGUAUUUCGUCGCUGGAAAGCGAAUGUCCGAUACUGCAUAGAAGACUGAAAAGAGACAUUGACGUCAUGGCUGCAGACGGACCGGCCGAUGUGAUCAAUCAUGUACAAUUUAUUUUUCCUCGUGAUGAGCUGGUGGGCCUGUGGAACUCUACGGUGAACGAAUGGACAUCGGGUCAGAUGGAUACACCUGGUGAAACCGAGGGCAUUUCGUAUGCCGAUGUUAAGCAGUUGAUUGUUACUGCUGAUCGACUGCAGUCCCUCACAAGACAGAAUGGAGCCAGUGAUCCUUUUAGUCUGCUUCAUGAAUAUAUAGGCCAAAUUCUAACAACAAACGAUAUGAGUUUUGAAAGGAAUACUUGUGCUGCUGUUUACAUCGAACCGCUCGUGAUCUAUGAAGAUUCCAGUGUUACCAUCGAUGUUUAUAUAGAGAACCUACAGAAUGUACCUGCACCAAAACCUGGUUUUGCUCCACGAUUUCGGCUGGAACAAAGGAAGACGUCAUCUCUUACCACACGUGGAAGGCUUCGUACGCCAACUUUGAAAAAAGAGACUUUUCUCUUGAAGAUGCUCCGAGGUCGGGUCGGUGGAGUUGUAUUUGAAAGAAUUACGUUCAACCUUGGAGGAGGACUCUACCUCACCUACCAGGGCAAUGGCGACCAUGCUCGGCUAUAG